CUGGUGUGUGCCACAGUGGUCAGAGGUGACAAUGGCGCCGAGUCUUGUGUAGAGUUGUCAACGGAGGUUACCAACAACGAGAGUGGACAGUGGUCAUCGAAAACCUGGAAGGAUAUUUUUUAUUGUGGGGGUGAAUUGAUAUUUCUCUACAGUGAAAUUUCGAGGGGAAAUUGUUGAAAGAUUUUGUACAGGUUGUAAACAUUUCGAACAAGGAUCCUUCCAUCAAGCCAAUGAAAGAAGCUAUGAAUUCUUUCUAGCAGAGAAUUAUAUUUUUCGUUUGGAUUAAUUUACUGAGUGCAGUGUAUUAAUAUUUUCGUAAGAUGGAUCGGACUACAACAGUUACUAGUGUAAUGAGGAUUCCUAUAACAAUUUUAUUGAUUCUGGUACCUGGGAUUUUAUCACAAACUGCGCCCAGUACUCCUACAAUUUCUAGUCCGACUGUCAAUACGAUUAAAGAGGGCCCCGUGAACUUCACCUGUGAAACUGUUGGUGGAAGCCCUACCCCAACAGUCGAGUGGUACAAGAACAAUGUACUUGUGGACCAAACUUCCUUUACGGAUUCCUCGUCCGGUGUCUCUGUCCAUAAAAAUGUUUACAGCACAAAUAUUCAAUUCAGUGACAAAAAUACUGCGUUCAGAUGUGAAGUGGAGAAUUCAGCCACUACGACACCAUUGACUGUAUCGAAGACGUUCACCGACAUCUAUGUCCCUCCUUCCGAUACCGUGCUUCAGGGAAGCUCCUCUGGAACAGCGAAUGUCAGUCAGUCAUGGACUUGUUUUACAAAUCGGUCGUAUCCAGUUCCCUCCUUCUCGUGGAAGUUAGAUUCCAACUCUAUUUUAUCUGGUAUAUCCACGGCCAUAUCUCAGAACACUGAUACAACUUAUUUUACAAUGAGUAUACUGACAUACACACCAGUAUCGGCAGACAACGGCAAAGUCCUCAUGUGUGAGAUUGAACAUUCGCAAACACUUUCCUCUUCUAUUCAGGAAACAUUAACGCUUCAAAUCGCGGGUAGUGGUAUGUAUUGGCACCAGUAUAUUAUUUCUGUACCCACAAUGACAAUUCAACAGUCAUCCUACAGUGCCACUUCCGGCUCUCAGGUCACCCUUCAAUGCACCGCAAGUGGUGCCACUUCCUUCACGUGGCUAUUUAAUGGGAUGACCGUAGCAAACGAUGCUUCAUUGCCUAAGGGAGGUAACUCUUACAGAAGUAUAAUAGAUUAUUUGAGGUCAGAUACUGUUCAUCUGAUAAUUGAUAUUGAGCACCAAACCUGUUCACCUUCUUCUGUCUUCUUCCUCUCCCUGUGUGUGUCACUACCUGUAGCACCUACUGUGUCUAUCAGCCAAUCAGCUUACAACGUUAGUUCAGGAACUUCGGUCACUCUAGUAGUCAAUGUGACUGCUAGCCCGGCCAUAACAUCAAUUACCUGGCAACGGAUGUUUACAAACAGCACCCGACAAAACAUCACUGUGGAUGGCAUUAACUACGGAGGAAGUCUGGUCAGUUCUCCGUCUCUCGUCAUCUACAACGUCGACAGUAACGAUGCGGGCAGUUACAUCUGUCGAAGUACGAACAGUCUGGGGACCAGUGAAAGCAGCAUCAUCGACCUCACAGUCAGGGGAAGUAUCCCAUCUGUGGCGAUUAACAGUUCGGCCUACGACAUCAUCCAGGGUGGUAGAGCAAUACUCCAGGCCUCGGUGUCCGCCAGCGCUGGUUGGGAGAUCACGACCGUCUAUUGGAAACGUACAAUGGCAAACGGUGCUGUAAUCACUCUGGACGUCGAUGGUGACAAAUACGAGGGGGGCAGUAUAAGCUCGCCAUCAUUGGUUGUCAACAAUGUCGACAGCGGAGAUGAGGGAAACUAUGUCUGUUAUGCUGUCAACAGCAUCGGAAUCAGCGAAAGUGGCACCAUCACUCUGUCUGUUAUUGGUAGCAAGUAUCCCUCUUAUGUAUCAGACAAUAAAUAUGUAUAUACCAGCAGUUGCCUCUUGCUCAGCUGACACACUGCUUCCACACUCAUGAUGGCCAUAUUGUUUUGGUAUCCCCUCCAUGGUAUACACUACUUUCACACUCAUGACGGCCUUGUUGUUUUGCUAUCCUCUCCAUGGUAUUCAGUCGUACCCUUUGCCUUUUAAUGAGUUUCUUGUUAAAAUAUGAGGAAGAUUUCAACAUGGACAUUUUUUGAGGGGUUCCCCUCACAAAAGCUUUGUUCAUAAGCUGACCACCUGUUGUAUAAACAUCAAUUAAUUAAAGCUUUUGCAUUUUCCUGCUCUAUCCAUACUUAAAUACGAUCAAAGUUCACUUGUUGGCCCCAUCUUUUAUUACAGUACAAAUUUGGUUCAAUUUCAUUGUCUUACAAUUUUCUCAUGCAAUCCCUACUUUAAUUAG